GUUAACCAUUUUAUUUACAUAUAUCGAUAUCGAUAUUACCCAAUGUGUAUGUGGUGCGAGUGUUUUCCUUUUCUUUGCCCGUAUUUGUUGUUAAAUAAAAAAAGAUUGUGUAGAAGUUGCUUUCACACUAGCUUUAACAGUUAAAAGGAUUAAAUUACAUUACAGCAUUACAGCAAUAAACAUAUUAUUAUUGAUUUCGCCUGGUACAUUUGGUUAACCAACACAUAAUCUUCUGCCAGACACUCAUACUGCGCCGCUCCAAAGUGGAGAGCAGUCAAAUUGUACAUAUUGUUUAUAUACAGAAUAUUGAUAUAAACGCCAUAAAAGAUUGAUGCGUUACCGUUACCGGCGACAUCGAUAUGGCAGUCAAGGUGCAGUUCGAAAUUGGUCACACGUCAAAGCUGCGCAACAAAAAACAUCCGUUGGCCUUCACCCAUGACUGGGAGAUUUAUGUACAAGGCGUAAAUAAAGCAGAAAUAAGUGCAUUCGUUGACAAGGUUGUCUUUAUACUGCACAAUUCUUUUCCCAAGCCAAAACGUGUUAUCAAAGAGCCGCCUUAUGUCAUACAGGAAUCGGGCUACGCCGGCUUUAUAUUGCCUGUCGAGAUAUAUUUUCGAAAUAGAGACGAGCCGAAGCGCAUCAUGUAUCAAUACGAUUUGGAUCUGCAAAAUUCCGGUCCACCUCGACAUCGUGUUGAAGUCAAAACGCAUGUUUUUGAGGCGCCUUCGGAGGAAUUUCGUGCGAAAUUGAUGCGUGGAGGUGGCGUACCGGUUUUUGGUGCAAACAUUGCUGCUGCAAGCAGCCUAAACCGAACGGUGUCACCUAGUGAACCGCCCGGAUCAGAUUUAAACGUGGUCAAGGCGAAGGGUGGUAGCAGCAGCAGCAUGAUAAUUGAGUCAGCAUCUACCAAGAAACACAAAUCGCGCGCUGAUGAAGGCAAGGUUAGCACCUUCUCUGCACUCUUUGGCUCACCCAUUACAAAAGGCAGUGCGCCUGGUGGUAAUCUGCCAUCUAUAACUGCAUCCAAACAUUCACCAGAUGCCAAGGCGUCAACGGGCUCUAGUAGCGGAAAGAUUGGCACACAUGAUGGUAAGGAGAAGUCGAGUAGGGAGCGCGAUAAGUCCAACAGUUCUGACAAGCCGCGCGAUAAGGACAAAAAGGAACGACAUGGUCGCGAUAAAGAGCGAAAGUCUGGCAAAUCGGAGAGCGGCAGCAGCAAGCAUGACAAAGACAAGGAGAAGUCCAAAAAAGAUAAAACACGCGACAAGGAUCGGGAACGCGAACAUAGUAGUAGCAGCACGCUUACUGCAGCUGCUAGCGCAUUAGUCCGCCGCACUGUCAGCCCUAAGGCGGGCGGUCGAAGCAGCCUAGCCGAAAUGAGUCCCAAAAAGCCAACAGCGGACAGUGCAGCUGGUACACCAAAUGCUCGUUUUAAGGAGCGCGACGACCACAAGUCUUCUGGGAAAUCGGAGUCAAAGGACAAAGAGCGCAGCUCAAACAAAAAAUCGAAAAAAGAGAAAAAAGACAAGGAGCGUGAGCGCGAACGGGAAAAACAGCGAGAAGAACGGGACAAAGAUAAGCGGUCACUUAAAGAUGAGCGUGGACACGGCGACAGUCCGGUCACCGGCAACAGUAGUAGCAAUAACAACCAAACACAACAAGCACAGACGCAACAAUCUCAAGCCAGCUAUGAAACUAUAAAGGCCACCGGCAAGGCCACCCCCAAUUCGCUGGGCAGCAGCACAAGUGCCAGCAGCCUUGCUUCCAGCAGCGGUAAACGUGUUUACGACAAGGACGAACUGCCAGUGCCACCACAACAAUCAGGUGCUGCUCCAACAAAGGGCGUCGAAAAAGGAGUCGAUGCCAAAAGUGAGAAAUCAACGAACAGCAAUGGCAAUAGCAACAUGGACAAGAAAUCGCACAAGCACAAGAAAAAGGAUAAGAGCAAAGACAAAGAAAAGGACAAGGAGAAAGACAAGGACCGCAGCGAGCGCGAUAAGGAGAAAGAUAAGGAGCGCGAAAAGGACAAACUCAAGGAUCGGGAGAAGGAUAAGUCACAGCAGCAACAGCCAAUUGUAUCGGAUAAAUCAACAACAGUAGCAGCGUCUGCUGGAGCAACGGAUGCAUCCCCGAAGACGGAACUGAGUAGUCAGCAGCAGACUGAAGCAAGCACGGAAAAAGCAAUACCAGUGACCAGCAAGAAGGAGAAACACAAAAAAUCGAAAGAUAAGACCGCCAGCAAAGAGGAAAAGCGACAACGAGAAACUGACAGUAAGCAUAGCAAUAAGCAGGCGGCGACACCCACAUCUGGCACAGGAGCAGGAGCGGCACAGACGCCAAUUAAGGGAUCAAGCAAUUUGGAUUUGAGCGACAUGGAUUCGGCACAAUCGGCUCCAGACUUGGCAGCCACCAAUGCCUUGGCGGCGGCAACAGCUGCCACACUCCAACAUUCAGAUAGUUCCAAUAGCAGCUUUCCUGAUUUGCCAGCAAAGUGCACCCAACAGAAGAGCUCAAUGGGCGCAAAAGGCGCACAGAAUAGUGCGCAGCAUGCGAAGGAUACCAAAGCGGCUGAAAACACUGGCAAGGAGCAAAAAGGCAAGUCAAAAUUAGCCGAAAAGUCGGAAAGGACAGAAAAGCUGGACAAGUCCCCAGAUGCCAAGGCUGAGAAGGUUGAGAAGGCAGAACUUAAGGAAGAAAAGAAACGCAAUCGACGCAAUUCUCAAAACAGCAACAGCGGCAAUAGCAGUACCACCUUCAUUGAGCCACCAUUGAAAUCGACAAAAAAAGAGCAGACAGCGAGUAAAUCAGCGCGUGAGAAGUCCAAGUCGCCGUCUCUGCGGCAAGGAUCAAUAGCACCAGCAGCAGCUACAGUGCCAGUGAGCAACAAUAGCAUUAACUCCUCGCCGAGUAGCCAUAACAACAGCAACAGCAACAGCUGUCCGGCUAUAAACAACAAUAAUAGCAAUAGCAGCCAUUCACCUGCAGAGCCACUGAAUCAACCACUGAGUGGUGGCGGUAACAGCACGCCUCUGCCCACUGAAUACCUAAGCGAACUGCAAGAGCUGCAUCACAAGAUUAUGACGUUGCAGGACAACGAGGAGCUGCAGCAAGUUGUUGAAAUGAUUGCCGCCACCGGCUGCUACGAGAUCACACACAAAACCUUUGACUUUGAUCUGUGCAAAUUGGAUCGUGGCACCGUGCAGCGACUCCAAGAGUUCCUUGCGACGUCCGUGUCGUGACCCAAAAUGGGACCAACGGGCUCAUCAGCGGCAACAGCGGCUUACAGCUAAACGAGAUGUACACUCAUCAACCAAUCUCUCAUGCACUUAACCAAAUAAUCUUUACAAUUACAAUUAGUUAAAGCAACUGAAAUGCAAAGCGAAUGUCCCCAAAUUUUAAAUACACCCCAAGUUCUAUUGGCAACGUGUAUAUUGGUAUUACGUUUUUCAUGGCCAUUUGACCGGUUAGUUUGUAAGUUCUCAAUUAGAACAGGUAUUUCAAAGUCUAUGCCGUAAAGUAUGCGAUACUUUUUAAACACACACAGAUAGACACGCCCCUUUAGAGCAAGGCUAUCUUUUUAGAAACACUACAUGCAAAUUAGUUUAGAAAUCAUAA